AUGGCUUCAAGAUUGUUGUGGGCUUCGAGGGCUGCUUCUUACCUCAGGAUCUCUGUUGCCCAUAGAGGGUUUGCUUCUGUUGUAAAGGACUUGAAGUAUGCUGAAAGUCAUGAAUGGGUGAAGGUUGAUGGUAAUACUGCUACUGUUGGUAUAACCGAUCAUGCUCAAGACCACUUAGGUGAUGUUGUGUAUGUUGAAUUACCGGAAGUGGGUGCUACUGUAAAUCAGGGUUCUGGAUUUGGUGCAGUUGAAAGUGUCAAGGCUACCAGUGAUGUUUAUUCUCCUGUUUCGGGAGAAGUGGUUGAAGUUAAUGAUGAACUGAACAGCUCUCCUGGUUUGGUCAAUUCAAGCCCCUACGAGAAGGGUUGGAUUAUGAAGGUUGAAAUUAAAAAUGCCAGUGAACUAGAGAACUUGAAGGGCUCAGAUGAGUACGCUAAGUUCUGUGAAGAAGAAGAUGCAAAGCACUGA